GGUAUACGCUUGGCUAGUGCUUAAACUAGAUGCUUGUAAGCGCCUCGACAGAUGACGCGCAUUGACAAAUACAUUCUUAUACCGACUCUCAAACGAGAGACGAGGCGAGAAGUGACAUUUAUCAGUAUCAGUUUCGGAAAAAAAUAAUCGCUAGAGAACCGUUUACAAAAUCUUUAAUAGCAGCUCAAGCUGCUCUUAAUCUUAUAGCAAAAAAUAAAUUAUUAAUGUCCGUGUAGCAUGCUUGCAAACUUGAAUUUUGUGCAUUACUUUGAGGAAUUUAACGGGUUGUCACUUCGCGAAUAACAUUACAUUGUAUUCUUUAUUUCUCUGUGACUUGUGUUAAAACGUAGUUAAAGCAGACGGUCACUCACAGACACACGCAGUGAUAUCUAAUAUUUUUAAUUAAAAGGUGGCUCUUUAUUAUUCGAAGGAAAAUAUCGUAUUCCGAAUGUAGAAUGAAUCAUCUUGUUCAUUUCACAUUAGAGAUGACUAUGUAUCAAAGUAACGUGCGAUGUUUAAUGGCUUAAGACAACUGUAAUAGUACGAUAUUAAGAAAUCAAGAUAGAAGAAAAAAGAACAUCAAAGCACGCGAAUAAUAAAAUAUUGUAGUCUUACAAGAAUGGAUGUAUCUAGCAAUUAAAUACAAAACAUUAACGACCAUUACGUGUACUAGUGCGUGUGUACGUGUGUCAAGCCUACAUUAUAUCAGCACCCAAAGUUGUUUGGGUUAUCCACAAGAUAGUGAGGAAUUGAUCCCAAAAAUGGCACGCGAGCCAAUCAUUCUUAAUGUUUAUGAUAUGUAUUGGAUAAAUGAAUAUACCACACCUAUUGGUCUUGGUGUAUUUCACUCUGGAGUAGAAAUAUAUGGAACAGAAUAUGCAUACGGUGGUCAUGCUCAACCAAAAAGUGGCAUUUUUGAAAUCACCCCGAGAGUAGCCGAAGAAUUAGGCGAACAAUUUAGAUAUAGACAAUCUGUUCAUAUUGGAUAUACAGAUUUCACAGAAGAAGAUGUUUCAAGAAUUAUUACAGAAUUGGGUAAAGAUUUUAGAGGGGACCGUUAUCAUUUGAUGAAUAAAAACUGUAAUCAUUUCAGCAGUCAGUUCACGUUGAUUCUAUGUGGACAGGAAAUACCUGGUUGGGUAAAUCGUCUGGCAUAUUUCAGUUCAUGCGUACCGUUUCUCCAACGUUGUUUGCCAAAGGAAUGGCUAACGCCUGAUGCUUUACAACAUUCUCUAAGUCAAAUUAGUCAUCAUGAAAGUACACCACCAUCGGAUACUUCGUUGUAACAUUUGGCUAACGCUGUUGAAAUGCACGGUCUAAAAUGCCGUAGAAGUUAUACAUUUUAGAUAAUUAAACAUUGUGAAAAGAAAUGUUAAUUAGGACUGAUUAUAUUGCCAAGAUUUGAAAAUCUGAGAAACCUGAGAAACUAAACCGUCAAGACAAGGUACAAAUUUCAUAUUGUACACUUGAAUGUGACUGCUGACAAUUAGUACCGAAAAAAAAUUGCCUUUGCUGCAACAUGUUGUUUCCUAAGACAGCGAUUCACAUGAUCGCAUGUGUUCUUUGUUGAAUAAUACAGUCAAGAUAUGAUAGUUAUAUAAUGAAUAGAUUAUUACGCAUAUAAAUUUAAAUCGUAACGAACAGAAAACUCGUUUAUCGAUCAAAAAGAAACCUCUUAUAUUAGCAAGACAUA